AUGGCUUUCUUAGCGAAUGUGCUGUUGAGCAAACAACAUCUAGACAUUUCUAUUGGCAGUGUCCUCUUGUUGUUGCUGCUUAGUCGUUGUAGCUUCAGCUUUGGUGUUGAGAGCGAUAUCAACUGCUUGAAAAGUAUAAAAGCAUCACUUGAGGACACUCUAGGUUACUUAAACUCUUCCUGGGAUUUCAACAACAACACUGAAGGCUUCAUCUGCAACUUUCUCGGGAUCGAGUGUUGGCACCUUCAUGAGAGCAAGGUUCUGAACAUCAAGCUUUCGGACUUGGGACUAAAAGGUCAGUUCCCUCGAGGCGUAGAAAAUUGUACAAGCUUAACAGGUUUAGAUCUUUCAAGCAACCAGCUCAGUGGACCUCUUCCUCAUGAUAUCGAUAAAAUUCUUUCGUUCGUUACGUCUCUUGAUCUCUCUUACAACAGAUUCUCAGGGCUGAUCCCGCCGCAGCUUUCCAAUUGCAGCUAUAUGAAUGUGCUCAAGCUUGAUAACAACCAGCUCUCGGGUAACAUUCCGGCAGAAGUUAACCAGCUAACUAGGCUUAAAUCUUUUAGUGUGGCCAACAAUCCUGGACUCUGUGGAUACCCUCUGAAGCCUUGUCCAUCAAUAUCUCAAAAGAAGUCCGUUAGUUUGGCUAGGGUUUUCAAGUCCAAUGGUGUAAUUAUGUUGGCAGAAGCUGGUUUUGGUAUUGGUUUCGUUUUCUCUUUUUCUUUUUUUGUUUUAAGAUGA